AUGGUCCGUUGCCAGAAUCCGGCUCGAGCGGGUCCGUUCGGUGGCGUCGUUCCAGUCCAGCUGGCUAGCACGGCUGCUACUGACACCAACACAACGACCACCACCGAUACUAGCACAGGGACCAAUAGCACAACCUCGACCACGACCACCGGGACUGCAGAAGAGGUCGCCAACAGCGGCGGAGAAACAGACAACACCACGCCAGCCGAGAAGGCCGCCGCUUUUGCAGCGGAUUCGCAGAAGAAAAAGAGAACCACGAAACGCUCUUCGCGCAUCGAGCGUCGCUCUGACGCUGCACUCUCUUACAGACACGGCGUCAAACUUUAG